AGCGAUUUAUCAAAUUUGAAUUAAAAAAUUGACCAAAAACAAAUUAAUUGGCCGGCUUGUUGAUAUUCAAUACAAGGUCAUGGUCCCGCUUUUUUUUACUUGUGUGUGUGUGUGUGCGGUUAAAAGUUCAAAGUUUGAAUUUAGUUUUUGUCUGAAAAAAAAUUCUGAAUAAUGUCUGAUACAGAAGAAUCAAUGAUUGGAUCGAUGGAAGAGGAAGCAUUGAAACGUAAACAACGUCUUGAUGAACUACGAAAUAAACGUAAAAAUUCCGAAACAAAUCAAUCAGAAUCGAAUGCAAAAAAUUCGAUACAAUUGCCCAAACCAAAAUUUCGUAAUUAUAAUCCAUCUGAUGAAAGUUUAAAGGAAAAUUCAUUGCCAAAAGCAAGACCUGAAAAUGUCAAAGAUCAAUUAACAGAUGAAUUGGAAAUUGCCAAAUCAAAUGAUGCACUUGUUGAUGACAUUGAUUUGACAAAGUUGGCACCGAAAAAAAUUGAUUGGGAUCUAAAAAGGAAUAUAGCGAAAAAAUUGGAUAAACUGGAAAGAAAAACACAGAUUGCCAUUGCUGAAUUAAUCAGAAUCCGAUUAAAAUCGAGUAAAAUUGAAGAUCUUGAUCAAGCAACUGAAGAUCUGGAAUCAGCUAAUCGAAAUAUAGAUUUAGCCGAUGAUGAUAUUGACGAUUGAUGGGCAAAACCAUUGAAUUUUUCCAAUUCAAUUUUAAUUU